CAGCAUCAAGUACCUGAAGGGUACAAGCAUAGAAAGCUUUUGAGGGUCUGCGGUUUUAAAACGGUUGUCUCGGGCAAUACAUUGUUUCAGGAUCUGAAGGAAUUUGUCUUAAUAUUCCUAAAUCCUUGAAAACUUUACUACUUGGGAAGCAUUCAAGUAGGCUAUCCUAGUUAUAAGCCUAUACAUUUUUGUUCCUUAAUACAUAAAGAUGGAGUUGUCGGAUAUUCCCUUCCCCAUCUCAUCAGCUGAUGAUUUCUACGACGACCCUUGCUUCAAUACCAACGACAUGCACUUCUUUGAAGACCUGGACCCCAGGCUCGUUCACGUGGGCCUGCUCAAGCCCGACGAGCAUCACCACAUCGAGGACGAGCACGUGAGAGCACCCAGUGGGCAUCACCAAGCCGGCAGGUGCUUGCUGUGGGCAUGCAAAGCCUGCAAGAGGAAAACAACCAAUGCUGACCGCCGCAAAGCCGCCACCAUGAGGGAGAGGAGACGACUGAGCAAAGUCAACGAUGCUUUCGAGACCCUCAAGAGAUGCACGUCCACCAACCCAAACCAGAGGCUGCCCAAAGUGGAGAUUCUGAGAAACGCCAUUAGUUACAUCGAGUCUCUGCAGGCGCUGCUUAGGGGUCAAGAGGAAAACUACUACCCCGUUCUGGAACAUUACAGUGGGGACUCGGAUGCCUCCAGCCCGAGAUCCAACUGCUCCGAUGGCAUGAUGGAUUUCAUGGGCCCUACAUGUCAGUCGAGAAGACGGCACAGUUAUGACAGCUCUUACUUCAACGACACGCCAAAUGCUGACGCACGGAAUAAUAAAAGCUCAGUGGUGUCGAGUUUGGAUUGUCUGUCCAGCAUCGUGGAGCGGAUUUCCACAGAGACCCCCGCAUGUCCCGUGCUGUCGGUACCGGAGGGGAACGAGGGCAGCCCGUGUUCUCCGCAGGAGGGGUCUGUCCUGAGUGAGAGCGGGGCCCCUGCGCAGUCCCCGGCCAACUGCCCUCAACAGCAGGCUCAGGAUCCCAUCUAUCAAGUGCUUUAAAGAUCCGCAAUAGAUAUUUCAAAGCAAAUUGAAAGAGACAAUCUGAAUCAAGAAACAUUCAGCAGACAAAAAAUGCAAAUCCAAUCUUAACGACAAAAGAAAGACUAUUUCGAUCCACUGCUGGAAACUAGGAACGAAUGAUCUUUCUUUCUUUCUUUCUUUCUUUCUUUCUUUCUUUCUUUCUUUCUUUCUUUCUUUCUUUCUUUCUUUCUUUCUUUCUUUCUUUCUUUCUUUCUUUCUUUCUUUCUUUCUUUCUUUCUUUCUUUCUUUCUUUUUUAUGCUGUGGAAAAUCUAAUUCCUUUAUGAAAAUGGCUCGGAUCAGCAAGUGAGUUUCUUAACGCUUAUUUAUAUUAUUUUAUCCAUGUGAAAAUGUGACCAUAUUUUUUUCUCCCCCUUUGUGAUAUAUUUUAUGUCGCCAUCACCUUUGAUUUCCUAAUUAUUCACGAGAGAAUCGUAAUCCAGAUACGGAUAGUAGGACCACUUUUGUAUAUGUGUAAAUAAGAUCUGUUUUGUUAAAGCGACGAAAACGAACAAACAUAUUAUUGUAUUUAAUGAUGAUGCCUGUUUGAAACACUAGUUUGUUGUGUCUUGUGUUAAACUUUAUAUUUAUACUUCUUAAAUGAGUGAAUGUCGGAUUAAUAAAAAAAAGCCUAUAACUAA